UCAGAGAGUGGGGAUUUUAAAGAAAAGUUACAUUUUACUCUACAGUAACCUUAGUCUAAGCCAUAUUUCAUCAUUUACUGGGAUGGUUUGCAGGAGUUUGGUUUGAAAGGGACAUUUCAUCCCAGAGCCAAAAUAAAGUGUUCUCCAGUACCAACCUGUUAUGUUUUGAGUUUCUAAAUAAAUUAUGUUACAAUGUGAAAUUAUGUUCAAAGUACAUCAGCAUAUAGGUAAGAGAAAGGGGCGGCUAACAUCCCCCGCAGUUAGUUAUUUUUUUUAUUGAGCUAUUCUUUUUUCUCUCAGCUCUCUAAAAUUCACAGAGCUUCACCUUGAGCUUUCUCUUUCUCCAAUGUGGAUGGAUCAAAAAACCUUUCUAUUUAUACAACAGCACUUCACAGGCACAGGAGGCACCAUACCCAGAGACGGUAAUCUGAUUAAUAAAGGAAUCCUUGGAAAUGUUUGGAUAAAUGUACAAACCUCACAAAUGUGUUCUCAAGACUGAAAUCAUGGUUUCUGUCAUCAUCAUGUCUCAGAGUCAAUGAAAAGAGAUCGAAAUCUAAAGUGAAACCUGUUUGUUUUUUUGUAUUUUGUGGUUGUGUUGAUGUCCUUGCAAAUUAAAAAAAAUGUAACAAGAUACAUUAAAGAACUAGUUUGACUUUGGGGAAUAUGCUUAUUUGCUUUCUGGCAGAGAGUUGGAUAAAAAGAUGAAGGCCAGUCUUAAUAUGAAAGUGGUGUUGACCUUCUCAUCUAACUCUGCCCGAAAAUAAGUGUUUACAAGAUGUCCCACUAUUACUUUAAGAGACGAGUCUCUGUGUUCAAGUGAAUUUAGAGGCUAACAUUUUCCAGGUGAGACAUUUCUAAAGAACGUUAUAUUGAACACCCAAGUACACCAUGUGGAUUUUACUAGUACUUCAAUGGUUUAUGACCACAGUGAAUAUGUUGAACUCUAUCACCUUCUACGAGGAGAGGAACUUCCAGGGUCGUUCCUAUGAGUGCAUGAGCGACUGCCCCGACAUGUCCUCCUACCUGAGCAGGUGCCACUCCUGCAGGGUGGAGAGCGGUUGCUUCAUGGUCUACGACCGCACCAACUACAUGGGCAACCAGUACUUCAUGAGGAGGGGCGAGUACGCCGACUACAUGAGCAUGAUGGGCAUGACUGACAACAUCAGGUCCUGCCGCAUGAUCCCCAUGCACAGGGGAUCCUACAGGAUGAAGAUCUACGAGAGGGAGAACUUCGGUGGUCAGAUGCACGAGCUGAUGGACGACUGUGACAGCGUCAUGGACCGUUACCGCAUGUCCAACUGCAUGUCCUGCAACGUGAUGGAGGGCCACUGGCUGAUGUACGAGCAGCCCCACUACAGAGGCAGGAUGAUGUACAUGAGGCCCGGCGAGUACAGGAACUUCAUGAACAUGGGCGGAAGUGGCAUGAGGUUCAUGAGCAUGAGGCGCAUCACCGACUCCUGCUAUUAG